AUGCUUUGCCUUGGGGCGUCUGCGUCUGCUUCGGCAUUGAUCUCGCGUAGCGCUCCCGCUGCGAACGAGAAAUUCGGGCUCUACGCGUAUGGUGAAAAUCUUGGGGGCCUUUCUCUGUUCUAUGCGGAUGUCAAGCGUGAGUCGGACUCUUCUAGCUCUUGGAUCGCCAAUCCCAAUGGCACCACUAAGGCCGAGGCCGGCUGGUCCGAUGAACUCCUCUACAUCCCCAGCUCUUCCUCCUCGGAUCAUCAAAUGGGCUUCACCUCUUCGGAGCGUUCCAACGAGACGACUUCCGGAUUCAUUUUCUACGGACAAUGGGUGAUGGUUGAAUUGGAGAGUGGUGAUAUAUCUUCCAGCUUCUAUGUCCGUGAGGAAUCUGAAGGCAAAGGUGUCUACUCCUUGCUGUGGAAUGUCACCGAUGAAGAGACUGCUAUCCCUAUUUCUCUGCGAUCCGUUGAGCCUUCGAACGCAUGA